AGUAGGGUUUGAGAAAGUUCAGUAUAGGGAGGGCGUAGAGAGUAGUUGGGAUAUGUUAGGUUAGAUUUAGAAACAAUAAGGGCAUUUAUGUUCAUCUAGGCCAAAGGGAAAUUUUAUUUGGGACAAGUGAAAAAUUAAAAAGGAAAGGUUUUUAGGGACGAAGGGAGUAGUAUUUAGGUAUUUUCUAUUUUGGAAACAGAAUCUGAUGCAUUUAUAUGCAAUCUGUAUGUACUUCUCUCAUUACAUUCAAGCUCUGCCACUGGGGAUCUGAAUGUAUUUUAGCGUGCAUGAUUCUAUAUAUAAUUGCUCUCUCCCAAAUUACCAAGUAUAUUUCUAUAGGAUUAAGUGUAGAGCCUCUUAGUUCAUAUUGUCUAUACACUUAAAGAGUGUACAGCCUUGAUUAGCGCAAUAAACACUACAUACAAGAGUACAAAUUGAUUUUUACAUAAACACGCCUGUAGCAAACACGAUUUGAUAAUAAUUUUGUAUUACUCUAAAAUUAAGAACAACAAUAACAUCAGAGGAAAUCAAUAGUUAACCAAGCGACAAGUUCAUAUAUAAAUCUACACUUUUUGAGCAUUACUUGCAGAAUCUGUCUUAAUUUUUGAUGUUUUAAGUCAUGAAAUGUGAGAGUUGGACUUCAUUAUUCUUAUUUAUAGUUUAGAUCGAUGCAUUUUGUGGUGUUUUUAUGUGCAGUAGUUUAGGAUGUUUCAUGUGCAUAUGUUUGUUUUUUUGUCUUUAGAGGAUUAUAAUAAAAGUUGAGGAAUUCACAUUCAAUUCUUACUAGAUCAAGAAGAUGAAAAUGAAUUGAAUUAGUAGUGUGUUAGAGUGGCACGCAUUAAAGAAACACAUACAUAGAGAGAGCAAAAUAAUUGAAGAUGUAGGGAUAUACGACUAGAUUUGUUUUUGGACUUUGCUUACACUUUGUAUUAUAUACUCCCUUCAGCCCUUACCCUAUGUUUGGUUCAUAGAAUUCAAGAAAGGAAAGAAAAGAAUUUUUUCCCCCUUUUUCUCGCCAAAAUGAAGAAAAUCAUUUUCUCUCUUCUUAAUAGUUUAAAAUGGUUAUUGAAAAAUAAAGUAUAUGGUUAGAAUUGGUUUAGAUGAUAAAGGAAUAUUAUGAGUCGUAUUUAUUACCAAAGUAGGAAACAGUGUGAAAUAUUUUUUGGGACGCCCAAAAUAGUAAAAUGUUAAAUGUCUUAAUGGUACAGAUGGAGUAUAUAUAGCUGUAUUGGUCAAUGUUUGGAUCAUGUUUACAGAGUAUUAUUUAUUUGUUGUACUUAAUACUCACUUCGUUUGGAAUUCGUCCGAACACAUCAGAUUCAAGAAAUGAGGUGAAUUAACAAAAAAACACAGAGCAAUGCUAGAGUCACACUCUCUACAUCAAUUUUUUUUCAUCUCAUAUCUAUUUCACCAUUGAAGUCACCGAAAAUCUAUUUUAUUGUAAAGAUAUACCUCUUAAAUGUUACCUGUUUAGUAUUUAUAGUUAAAUUAUUUUAAGGUACAUUGUAUCAACAACAACAACAACUCAGUUAAAUCCACAAGAGUAGGGUCUGGGGAGAGUGUGUGUACGCAGACAUUACCCCUACUCGAAAAUAGAGAAGCUGUUUUCAAAGAAACCCUGACUCAACGUUGAAAGUUGCAUUGCUUUACUAAUUGCUAUUUCAUUAAUUAAAGAAGCACAGACAGUUUAGGGUACAUUGUAUCAAUGGUACUUAAACUCCUUUUUCUAUCGCAAAAAUUCAUUGACAUGUAGCAUCAUUUCACCAAGGAAUGCUUGUUAAAUCACGCCUAGAACUACAUUGGCAUUCAACCAUAUCCAUUACAUGCUGAGAACUUGUAGGACCUUCAACGCGAUGCCUAGAUGAUCCUCCAGAGAAAAUAGUGAUAUACAAAUAUGGAUGCUCAGCAAUUUCAUUCUCCCUCUGAUUUUGGGACAUAAGUUGUCUUUCACAUUGGUCAUGGCUUUUUUCUUCAUACACCUCUUCAUGAGCAUAGUCCUAAUCAUUUUGUUGGAAACAUAAGGAGGUGUAAGUUCGUGGGGGCAUUCGAAAUCACUAACAAAAAUAAUUUACGCAAGCAGAUCAAACAAACUGUCUGUUGCAGAAGAUGUUGUAGCACUAUCAGUUCGUGUAACAGCCCUUCUACUAAAUCAUUGUAAAGAUUACAUCAUCAAUCACAAUAGAUUUUAUCUAAUGUAUUGACUUAAUCUGCAUACAAAUGACUUGACGACAAACUCUGUUUGCGUCUAUCUCCAUGGUUUGUUACACCUACACCAUGAUAUCUUCAAAGACGUGUUUGCAACCCUAGUUCCAGAAUCGAUGUCAUUAAUAUGGGUCGUAGCUUGUAGAAAAAUUGAUGGAAGGCACAACUGUACUGAUAAAAUUCUUUCACAACAAAUAUACUUUGUAAUUGUCUUUUCUCCUUCGAGUAAAUAUAUCUCGGAAACUCUUGUAUAUAUACACUUGUAAUCUCUCAUUAUUAUUCAAUAGAAAAUAUUCAUUCUUCAUGGUAUCAGAGCCCUAAUUUCUCACGGCUUCCCUUCCCUCUUCUCCUUCUUGAGUUUCGGCCAGGCCUUCUUCCCCAACCCUUCGUCGGAUUCUUCUUCAUCCAGCAACCAUGGCCGACUCCGCCUCCUCCGGCAAAGUUACCAACAACAACGAAACCUCUUCCCCAAAUAAUUCUCCUCAUCUUGCCUUCACCACCAUCUCCAACAUCAAACUUCAUAUCCCGGUUCAACUUAGCCUCUCCGAACCAAAUUAUAAAAAGUGGAGUCGAUUAUUUUGUCUCUUGAUCCUCCGCUUCAAUCUCAAAGGCUUCAUCGACGGCACCACCAUAGCCUCCUCCGCAGACGAUGCUGAAUGGUAUCAAUUUGAUGCCUUAAUUCAGGGAUGGAUUCUGUCCACAAUCACGGAUGAAGUCUCUGAUCUUGUGCUUGCCAACAACCUCUCUGCUCAUACCCUAUGGACGGCGAUCUACAAUCUUUUUCACGACAAUAAGCAUGCCCGGGCGAUGCAACUGGAACAUCGUUUCCGUACAACUAUGAAGGGGCAACUCUCCAUCAACGAAUAUUGUCGUCUUCUCAAGAACCUCUCCGAGUACCUUGACGACGUGGAUGCUCCUGUCACCGAACAUGCCCUUGUCCUCCAAGUUCUUCAAGGUCUCCCUCGCGACAUCCGAGGUCAAGUUCAAUUCCUCCAAUAUCAAAAUCCACUCCCGACGUUCUUGGAGCGGACUUCUCACGGCCUGUUCCUCACUCAGACUCAGUUCAUCUAUGACAUUCUUGAACGGGCCGGCAUGACCUCGUGCAAACCUGUUUCUACACCCGUUGACACCCGCGAGAAGCUUUCGGCCACGGUCAGCCCUUCAGCGCCGGAUCCCUCUUUAUAUCGCUCUAUUGUGGGAGCACUGCAGUACCUCACCUUCACUCGCCCGGAUGUCACCUAUGCCGUGCAGCAGCUAUGUCUAUUCCUUCAUGACCCGCGUGUGCCACAUGUCACGGCCAUGAAGCGCGUUCUACGCUAUCUACAUGUGGAGGAAAACUAAUUUUUUUACCAGGAACGUUCUUUCAAUUUUCUAAAUAAAUGAUUUCACGGUAUAUUAUAGAAUUAAAAAAGUUACUAUCCAACU